UUGUUUCUCCCCUCGGUAGAAUCCAUUAUGUAAAUUCAAUUGUACGUCUAAUAAUAAGCCAGCAGAAUACUUCUCAAUGAGUGACAUGAUCGUACGGGGCUAUUAAGAAUAACCAAAGGUGAUUACCAUUUUACUUUCUAUGGAAGCAGCGUUACGUUGCAUGCAAAUGGCAACUGGCUGGGCUCCGCGGGAUUUACGUCCACGAUGGCUCGUUAGUAGUCGUUCUUGGUAUCGGCUUAUUAUAUGAGCUACGUACAUCAUCGCUUGACUUUCUGAUCGAGUUUGCUGGUUAAUAGCAGGAAACUGUGACCUUCUAUGUAGACAGCGAACGUCUGGUAUAUCGUGGUCAGUGAGGUGUUCGAUUGUCUCAACGGACACCAAUGUAUUUUUCUGAUGAUUUUUCAUCGAUGAUCCAUCAUCUUUGUUAAUUUCUUUGCAAGAUUUUCAAGAUACUGUAAUUCGUUUUUGACGGCGAGAUAGGGACAGAAUAUGCUUAUUGUUUUUAACUGAAUGAUUCAAUGAUUCGGUGUUGGUGAAUGCAUACUUUUCGUGAACACUUCAAAUGACUUUUAUAUUGCGAUCGAUGUUUCGGAUCGAUGUAAUUUUAUGCAGCUGCCACGAUAUUCUAGCGAACGAAGGAUAAUCUGCAAUAAGGUGGGAUGAGGAAACGAGUGAAAAUUAGCAAAGAUGUACGGCCUAAUUUUAGAAAACUUGUCUGAAUAUAUACGACAGGUAUACGGAGAAGAUAGAUGGGAAGAGAUCCGACGACAAGCAGCCGUAGAUCAACCUAGUUUCAGUGUUCAUCAGGUUUACCCUGAAAACCUUAUACCAAGAUUAGCGAAGAAGGCUAUUCAGGUACUUGGCAUUACGGAAAAAGAAUUUUUCGAUCAGAUGGGUGUACACUUCGUAGGAUUCGUUGGACAGUACGGUUAUGAUCGUGUGCUUUCAGUACUUGGACGUCACGUAAGAGAUUUCCUUAAUGGAUUGGACAAUUUACACGAAUAUCUGAAAUUCUCCUACCCUAGGAUGAGAGCUCCUUCCUUUAUUUGUGAAAACGAGACGCGACAGGGGUUGACUCUCCAUUACAGGAGCAAACGACGCGGCUUCGUUUAUUACACGAUGGGUCAGAUAAGAGAGGUGGCUCGUCAUUUUUAUCACAAGGAAUUACAGAUUGAGCUGGUGCGAGAAGAAGUCCUUUUCGACACUGUGCAUGUCACGUUUCAGCUCACCUUUGAUAACAGGGCUUUUACCCAAGCAUCUUUGACGAUGACGCGCGAAGAAAAGCACCUACCGAUUGGAGCUUCCGUUUUGUUUGAGAUAUUUCCUUUUUGCAUAGUUUUCGGGUCAGACAUGAUCGUAAGGAGUAUCGGAAAUUCCUUGAUGGUGAUACUGCCCGAUCUUGUUGGUAAAAAGAUAACGCAUUUUUUCGACCUCGUCAGACCCUUAAUUGCAUUUAAAUUUCAUUCGAUUUUAAAUAGGACGAAUAAUAUUUUUGAAUUGGUAACAGUGGAACCGAUUCUAACAGAACGACCAUCCGAUCGGCGAGGAAAUGAAAUUUUAUUAAGUGACGAACUCGAUUCGAUCGAUGACAGAACAUUACGAUUAAAAGGUCAAAUGAUAUAUAUGGAUAACUGGAAGAUGAUGAUGUACCUUGGUACUCCUGUCAUGCCGGAUUUGAAUGCAUUGAUAGCAACCGGUCUUUAUAUAAAUGAUUUAUCAAUGCAUGAUUUUAGCAGAGAUUUGAUGCUUGCUGGAACGCAGCAAUCAGUGGAACUAAAGUUAGCUUUAGAUCAAGAGCAAUUGAAGAGUAAAAAGUUAGAAGAGUCUAUGAGGAAGCUUGAUGAAGAAAUGAAACGUACUGACGAACUAUUAUAUCAAAUGAUACCCAAACAAGUAGCGGAUCGUUUGAGAAAUGGAGAAAGUCCCAUAGACACGUGCGAGAUGUUUGACAGCGUAUCAAUUUUAUUCUCGGACGUAGUCACAUUCACAGAGAUUUGCAGUCGAAUUACACCGAUGGAGGUGGUGUCUAUGUUGAACGCGAUGUACUCCCUUUUCGACACAUUAACCGAAAGGAAUCGGGUGUAUAAGGUUGAAACAAUCGGAGAUGCUUAUAUGGUAGUGUCUGGUGCUCCGGUGAAAGAAAAUGAUCAUGCGGAUCGUGUCUGUGAUAUGGCACUCGAUAUGGUCGACGCGAUAACUAAUCUUAAAGAUCGCUCUACAGGUCUUCAUCUUCAAAUAAGAGUUGGAAUUCACAGCGGUGCUGUGGUGGCUGGUAUCGUAGGCUUAAAAAUGCCACGAUACUGUCUAUUCGGUGAUUCGGUAAACACAGCGUCUCGAAUGGAGGCGACUAGUCAAGCGAUGCAAAUACACAUAUCUCAAUCAACGCGAGAACUGUUAUCGCCUUCGUAUAAAGUUAAAGAACGAGGAGAAAUUGAAGUGAAAGGAAAGGGUACGAUGAAAACAUAUUGGUUAGAAAAAAGAGAGCACAGGCCAUCGUUAACGAAAGGGAUCACUAUUCAGGAACCACCCCAAUGGCAUACAAGAAACACCGAGAAAAGAGUAUCAGCUAGUACGUCAGCUGCUUCCUCAGCAGCGACUAUGUUCGAUAAUCAAAACUGUUUGGACAUGUCUUCUAGAAGAGGUUCCAAGAUAGCUUCUCCAACGCCUACCGAUUCGACCUUUCUUCUUGAAACAGAAAGAAGAAUGUAUUCGCCUAUUACGUUUCAAGACGUUGCUCGCAGAUCUGUCGCGAAUUCACCGACGAAGAACAAUGAUUCUAGGGAAUGCAGGUCAAACUCAAUGGGAGCAGUAGUGCCAAGGAACUCCGAGAUGUUCUCCCUUCUGAGCGACACGGAGGAACAUUUCCGACAGCACCGAGACAGUUUGUCUCCUCGGGUAGAAAAUCAAACUGCGGUUAUCCAAUCGAAACCGGAAGUGAACACGAAUUCCAGUUCGUCGUCGGACGAAUCUCGCGAGGACAGGGCGUGUUCGGUCGACAUAGAGGCUCCUAAACGAGAAAAGAACGACCAGUGCGAGAAGAGCAAAGAAUAUUAUUCGACGUUUCACAGCAGCGACAUCGGUAACUCCCAAUCGUUGACGCAACAGGACCAAUGUUGUCCUGGUUUCACUAUGUCGAAGAGCGGCAAAACUCGUCACCAAAACAAUGGCUGUAGCAUCGCUUAAAUCGUAUUUCGAAAGACCACGAAUGAACUCGUUAAUUUUGACUGAAAGUAAAUCCUCUACUUUCGUUGAACACUAGUAAUGAAUACUCUUCGAAUGAUUUGAAUGAUGGAGAUUGAAGAUGGUUGCUGGAUUAGGAAUUUAUUAAACCUUUGUCUGAGAGUGGAAUCUCUACUUUUCACUGGAUGAACAAAUGAUGUUUGAAUGAUGAGGAUAACCAGGAAGAAGGCUACUUUAUUAUGAGCUUGUGAUUGUUCGAACAGGUGUGAAUCGUCGAAGGAUUGUCAGUUUGAGAAGCAAUUUUUCGAAGAAGAUGCAACAUGUGAUAUAAUCUAUGGGAAACACGUUACGGACAAUUUAGAACAUUGUGAACAAAAUUCGUGUAAACGUAUAUUCGCUUUGAUUUAUUUGAAUAAUUACAGUGAAUGUUAAACUGGAUUUACACUGAUUGUGAGAUAUUGUGAAAAAUAAAAUAGAUAAAAUUUUUCAAUAUAAAAUAUUCGUAAUCCAGAUAUUCAAUAUCAAUCAUUUAAAAAUACUAGAUCAUUUGUUUAAAAAUAAUGAA